AAAUAUAGGCUAUAUGAGCCUAAUGCAUCAAUAAGCUUUUAUCAUAUCCAGCUACAAUCAUAAAUACGAGUACUUAGUCAAGAUUGGUAAGCCGGAACUGCAUUAAUAUAAAUCACGCAAUCUGUUAAUUGGUAUCGAAAUUUCAUUGGCUGACUUCUUCGACCUGGGCUUUUAAGCUGACAAGACUUAUAAAGCCGCUUGUUUUCUUCCUUUGCCGUUAAGUAAACUCUGAUGGUUAUAUAGAGAGAGAUCGUGCAGUCAUAAAGUGGAAAAUCAGCACGCCGCACAAACACAGACUCAAACUCCAAACACCUCUUGAAUCUGAGCAACGACAUAGAUGGUUGAGGUUAACCAGAUUCAACUCAAAAAAAUCAACUUUGAAAUAGGAUAUCGGAUCAGUCGUGAAGAAGAAACAAGCUAAACUUGGAAAAUGCAAGGGGAAUGAGAACGAUCGAGUUCAGAUGUUUAAAAACUCAAAGUACAAGAUAAAACGUAAAAAUUCUUGGCUGAUUUGACUUUUCUUGUCGGCUUGGUUAGCCAUGAACAAUUCUACCUUUGAGCUUCCUACUUGGACCGUAGCACCAACUACUUCAUCCCAAGACUAUGGCACAUGCAUUGAGACUCUGCGUUCUGUACCCUUUCUAAUCUUAGUCUCUCUAACUGCACUGUCUAGUAUUCUAGCUGUUGUUGGCAAUGCCUCUAUACUCUGGGCAGUCCAUAAAAACAAGUCCUUACGAAACGUCUCUAACAACCUUAUAGUGUCAUUGUGUUUAUCCGAUUUGAUCACAGGGCUUCUGGUCAGCCCACUCUCUAUUGCUAUGGCAACGCUACUGCGGCAUGAAGAAGAGCACGAACGUCUAGAGAGCUUUCUAUUUUUCUUCCUUGGAGUCGUAUUGAUCAACACAACUCUGACCCUAUCUACAGUCAGCGUUGACAGAUAUAUUGCAAUAGUCUUUCCUUUACGUUACAAAGAACUUGUCACGCAACGCAAGUCCGUCUGUAUAUUGAUUGGCACGUGGACUUUUGCAGUUGUAACGCCAUCUCCUCGUUUGGUUUUUCUUCAAGAGCAUUUGGAACAAAUCAUAUUUGGAAGUAUCGUGAUAGCGCUGAGUAUUCCACUCGUCAUCACAGUUUACUGUUACUUUAAGAUCUUGAAAGUAGCUCAGAAACAAGCUGUUUGUCCAGUAACGAGUGGUCUCAACGUUGCUUAUUACACACUUAAGAACAAGAAAACUACUAUUACUAUGGCGAUGAUACUAGGUCUGUUCACUGUGGUGUACACGCCUUUGUUUGGAUUUGCUGCGCUUGCGCUGUCUGGCCACCAAGUGUGUCACGUGCACGAGGCAGGUGAUUGGCUGUGGCCAACGUUCGUCGUUUGCGCAAGCGCAGCGCUAAACCCUCUUGUCUACGGGAUAAGGAACAUGAUGAUUAGAAACGCUCUCAAGAAAAUAUUUAUAGAUAUUUUUAAAAGGGAGCAAGUAGAUAAAAACAGAGCGCGCAACCUAGUAAUGCAUCGAUAAUUGGAUUGAAAUAAAAACCCGAUAGCUGAUGUUAAGUAGAAACAAAGAGGAGAGAAACGAGUAGUGAAGAGAGGA